UCAUCUCGACAAAAGAAAACAGAGCACUGUUCAUUAUCAUAAACAAAUAGAUCUACGAUCUAAAUCUAAAUCUAAUUGUUUGUUAAACAGAAAAUAACUACUGACAUGCUUAUAUGAAAGGAUAAAUAUGUUAUUAGGCAGCCCUUUUCAUGUAAAAUGUAUUCUAACAGCAAUAAUUGCAGUUCAGUUAUUUUUAACUCACCAAGCAGAAUGUGAGAGAUUAGAUGAGUAUAUUCAUGAUUAUCAAACUUUGACUUUUGAUACACACAAGCUGCAUAAAAAGCACGAGAGAGCACGGAGAUCAACAGAUUCAACUCUACACUUAGACUUCCGGGCGUACAAUAGAAAAUUUUCACUUCAACUGAAACGAGAUACAGAAAUCUUCACCUCUGACCACCACAUCCUAGAACCAAAUGGGGUGAAAGUGCCAGUGGAUACAUCAUUUAUAUACAGUGGUGUGGUUAAAGGAGUACCUAAUAGUUACGCUCACAUUGCAAUCAUCAAUGGAACAGCUCGAGGCUCUGUCUCCAUACCAGGUGACACCAUUUAUCACAUCGAGUCUGCUGAGCAGUAUUUUGAAAACCCUUCAUUUCAUUCCAUCAUUUAUCCAGAGACUCAUCUUGAUAAAGAUCCUUUUAGACAUAAGAGAGCUGCUGAUGAUGUUGGGUCAUGUGGUAUGGAUAGGGUGAAGGAGUGGAUGGAGAAAGUCUCCAAGUCAGCUGUAGAGAAUAUUCCUCAACCAAAAAGUCCUAGUCGCAGUGAGGAAGAGUAUCACCAUAACAAGUACUCUGCUGAGAUGAAUGCUUACCCAUACAAGUAUCGCAACAAGAGGGCCAUCAACAAUGACAAAACAUGUUUCCUGUACCUCAGGUCUGACCCUGAGAUGUGGAAGUUUGUCAAAAAUGAAAAGUUUAAGCAAGUUCUGUCUGAUGUGAGAGCCAAAGAGGAAAUUCUUGCCUUCUUUGCAAGCCAUGUGGGAGCCUUGAAGAAGAUUUUUUAUGAAACCAACUUCACCACCUACAGCAAUGAUCUGAGAUAUUCCGGCAUCAACUUUGUGGUGCAGAGAACAAGUAUAAUGACUCCACAAAACCAGAAAUGUGAUACGCCAAGCCGCACAGCUUAUUGCAACCCUAACAUUGAUGUCAGCAAUUUCUUAAACCUCAACUCUAUGGAUAAUCAUGAUAUGUUUUGUCUGGCGUACAUCUUUACGCACAGAGAUUUCACUAGGGGUACUCUAGGACUAGCCUGGGUUGGUGCUAGAGAAGUGGCCUCUGGUGGGAUAUGUGAGAAGCACAAGAACUAUCUUGAACGAGAUGAGACUGUCCCUAAAAGCUUGAACACUGGCAUAGUUACAACAGUCAACUAUGGGAAGGCUGUUCCAUCAAGGGUUUCUCAGCUAACAUUUACUCACGAAGUUGGACACAACUUUGGCUCACCUCAUGACCAGGGUGAUGAAUGUGCUCCCUUUGGUACCACCCAGCCUAAUGCAACAGAUGGGAACUACAUUAUGUUUGCCAGUGCCACAAUGGGGGACAGGAAAAACAAUGACAAGUUUAGCAUCUGUUCUAAAGACAAUAUCACACGCCUGCUGCAUGUCAUCUUCAAUGAGCUUCACUCCAAAAGAAAUUGCUUUAAAGCAUCAGAAACUGCAUUCUGUGGGAAUGGCAUCAGGGAGAAUGAUGAGCAGUGUGACUGUGGCUAUGAAAAUUACUGUGAGGACAAAUGCUGCUAUGCCAUGGGCACUUCUGAGGGUCAACAGUGCAAGUUAAAAGGAGAUGCCAAGUGCAGCCCUACUGCUGGCCCUUGCUGCAACACCAACUGUACCUUCAUCUCAGCUGAUUUACCAAAGGUCCAAUGUAAGCCAGCAGACGAUUGCAAACAAGCUGCUUACUGCAACAGCUCUCAUGCAGAGUGUCCUCCCCCUGUAUUGGAGCCUGAUGGGAAACUGUGCAAUGAUGAUACCAAGAUGUGUUCUAAAGGAGAGUGUGUAAAGUCUGUUUGUGAAAAAAUUCAAUGGAAGGAAUGCUUUUUGACUGCUGACAUUGGAGAUGAUAACCCCAGCAGAGAAGCUCUAUGCUACGUUUCUUGUACCAAUCCCAACACUUCCAAGUGUGUCAGCUCAUUUGAUUUGGCGGCUGUGUCUAGACCAGAGAAUGUGGAGUUCCGUAACCUGCUACAAGACAUCAUGGAGAAGAGAACAGGAAAGAGAGAGCCUGCUGGGAUACAAUUACCUGCAGGAUCUCCAUGUGAUAACUUCCGAGGUUACUGUGAUGUGUUUCACAAAUGUCGAGGGGUGGAUGCAGAUGGACCAUUGGCCAGAUUGAAGAAUCUGAUUUUCAAUCCAGAGACUUUGGAGAAUAUUCAGGAGUGGAUUGUGAAACACUGGUGGGCUGUGAUGUUGAUGGGCAUAGCCUUGGUGAUAGUGAUGGGGGCCUUCAUCAAGAUAUGUGCGGUACACACCCCUAGCUCCAACCCACGAAAGCCCAAACACAGGCAGCUCACAUUGCCCCGCACCCUGCAGAGGCGCAGGCACCAGCAACAACAGCAGCAGGCUGGGCAAUCCUCUGGGCAGAACCAGGGCAGGGGUGGAGCUGGCGGUAACAGGAGGCCAAUGGCCAGGAGUGUGGAGGAAAGGAAACCUGUAAAUAGUGAAGUGAUACAGAUAGAUCAGGGUCCACCCCCACCUUACUCUACUGCUGUCGUCUCCCCAAUACCUGCACCUUCGUCCUCCUCAGCGCCUCUACUGACAGAUACUGCGAGAGCACCAGACCUUACAUCAAUACCUUCGGGAGGACCGAAGAGGGGCCAUGGAGGAGCCAGAAAAAAAGAGCCAGAGAAAGCCGGCAAGGGCAAGAAGAAGAUGAAGAAUACUGUAGAACUACAACGUCUCUAGAAUUUUAAGUUUCCUUUGUUUGCUCAAUCUGGUCUUCUUUCUUUUUUUUUUUAAACUUGGGAAUUCAAAAAAGCUUAUUUUAAAAUGGAUGUGCAAUAUUUCUCUGUAAGUUAUAACAUUUUAAAAUGUUGGGUUAAUCUAUGUUGAUUUUUCUAAAUUAUCCUAACAAAGCCUUUUCAACAUUCAACUUGUAAACUUUGGGUAUUACGCAUAGCAACAAACUUUAGCUACAGAUCUCUUAAGUUUUGAUAGAGAACUUCAGUUUAGCUUGUGUUGGGCUUUCACUCCUUCUAGGCCCAACUAAAAAAAUAAGGCUUCUAUGCUUCAUCAAUGAGUUCAGCAAAAGCAAAAGUAGUUCCUGGCUUGAACUUUUUUAAAAACUUUUUUUUUUGGUAAAGUUUAUUUUAAAAAGAAAACUUUUAACAAACCAAAAAAAAAAAACUUAUAUUAACCUAAUCCUGAAUUUUCCUUUCCUUAAAGAAAGUUUCUCUAUGUGUAUAAAUACAUAUUAUUGGUGGUGUAGAAAUCUUGAUGAUUCUUUGAAAUUCUUAUCCAUGUCUCGAAGGAAGAAUGCUAACUUGUUUUAUCUCCAGCCUUUGUUUCAAAUGUCUCUACUUCUCUGUAUGCAUAUAUUUAUAUGAAAUAUAUUGUUUCAACUUUUAUGUUCUUAAAGUAACUUUGCAGCUGAGCUGGGUUUUUGUGAUGAUAGCCCUGGAAAUCAUCACUGAAGCUGUGAAAAUGUGAUAUUGUUUUGAAGUCAUGCUAGCCUACAUUAUAUCUGAACCUAAAGCCCAGUGCUCUCUGAUCAGGGUUAAUGUAUUGUAAGGAUGGAAGGCUACUGAAUGCUUAUCAAUUAGACUUCCUAUUUAUUUUUUUUUUGGUGAGGGAAUAUUGAAAACAAAAGAUGAAGAAAGAUGUUGAAUUGUUAAGAUGAUUGAGAUUCUGUGUCACAACCUCUGUGUCUCUACAGGAGGGCUUUAUAAUUGUGUAACCUUUUCUUAUUUAUGUCCAUGUGAUUGUUGGUUUAAUGUUAUUUGAUACUUAAUUUAAUGUUUGAUUUAAUUUGUUCAAUAGAUUUUUAGAAAUAUUUGUCUUGAUAAUGUUCAAAUAGCAUUUCACUUGGAGAUCCAAAAUGCAGCUAACCUAUAUUGAGAUUUUUAUUUUUUGGGAAAAAAAAAAGAUGUCUUUUUUUUUCUUGUUUUUACUCUUGAAUGAUCUGAAAUGGAAAUGUCUGGUCCUUGGUGUCAUGUUUUAUAAGAGCCUCAUUGACAUGUCAUAAAUGUUUGACAUGUACAACUUCUUUAUGCCUUUACCUCAUCUGUGUUAAAAUGUUCUACACAAAUGGUAAAUGAGACUAACAUGUGGAUGUGUGUGUCCCAGUUUGGCUUUGUCACCACUGAUGGAAAGAUUGGAUCAAGUAGUCAUAACAUUUAUUGACUUUCAAAUAAAAUGAAGAAAUAUAUGAACCAUGUCUAUAAAGAAAACUUCUUUCCCUAUGCAGCAAAUGAAAUAGUUUGAUGACCUUUUCUGUAGUCACUUGUAGUACCCAUCACAAAGAAAAAAAAAGCUCCACUACUCUUUCUUUUAGAAUAGUGAGUGUUUUAUAGAUCAGAAACAGCACAAUUGAAAAUCAAAAAGCACCAAUAAUACUUUUCUUAAAGCUACUCAUUAAGUUCUUAUCAUAAGCAGAGUAUGCACUGAGCAAGUGACCUAUGAACCUUGUUUAUCCCAAACAUCGCAACUAGAAUGAUGUCAUUCACUUGUAUAUUCUUGUAAUGCUGUGAAGGGAAAGAAAUGUGCUUAUGACAUCAUUUCGUUAUAUGCUGUAGGAUUGAGUAGACUAGAUGGAAGUAGGUCAGAAUCUUCUUGUGAUGUCGCAAUAUGCACCCUCUCAAAAUAUCCAGGUUACACCAGUCUCAUGAAAUACGGUACUAUAUAUCACAAUGUGAACAUACUGUCAAGGUUCAUUCAGUCUGUUUGAUCACAAUGUGAACAUACUGUCAAGGUUCAUUCAGUCUGUUUGAUUUAGUCUGUUUAUUGGAUUAUUACUUUUAGUUUGAAUAUUGAUUGUAUAUGUGCUUCAUGUUCUGUAGGGUAAAAAAGUUCUCUUUAAACAAAACAUCAACAUUUUGUUCAAAUCUUUCAUAGAAUUUCUCGCCAUCUGUCAAGUUUUAAAAACCUCCUUCACUCGCAUCUACCUCUCUUCAUAUUAUACCUCUCUAAUGGUGGGGAAUAAGAAAAUUAUUUCAUUCUGCUUUAGACCAAAGUUCUAUAUAUAUAUCUAUAUAUGUAUCUAGAGAGAGAGGGAGACAAGGCCUAUAUUCAAGCAAUUCUACACUGUCAGAUAUAGUUUACCCUAGAACUAGAUGUUUAGUUCUAAAUCCAGAUGCUGUACUAUUGUUAAAAAAGACUAGCCUAAAACAAAUUACUUUUGGUCUUUGUAACGCAUGCUUUCACAAUUAACAUGUGAGAACACAGUCUGUUCAUUUUCUAGAUCUAGUUCUAGAUUUAACAAUUAAACACCAUUUUGAGAUGCAGCCGUAUUAUUUUAGGAUUUGCCCGAAAUCACUAACAAAAAAAGAAUGAUUGCAAAGAAUUUAUAGAUUUUUUUUUUAAUGUACUGAUCAGGAAUAUGGGAAUUCUUAAAAACAUGAUCACAUUUUCUUUUGGUUGAAGAGCAAAUUUUUAGCCUGAGUGUUUUUGUUUUUUUUGCAUAGUUUGAGAUAACAUAUUAGAAUGAGUCAGUAAAAAUGGUCUUGCUGGCUAGUCUAUAUAUUUCAUUGAAUAUGUUUUGGACUUUUCAAACUCUUUUGAUUAUUUCUAGUGUACUAACAUAUAUUCUUGUUUUUGUGUUCAUGUUUAACUUUUGAUGUUUUGAUUGUCAUAUUUUGUGUGUGUCAUUAUUACUGGAUGUGUAAAGGGAUCAUUGUUACCAUUGUGUUGCAAAUUUAGAGAAUAGUUUUGGAUAUAUCUAUAUGUGAAUUAUUUUAACACAUAAAACUGUAGGAUACAUUAAAAUAUUAUUUAUAUAAUAUAACAAGAGCCAAAAGAAAGUUGUACUAAAUAUCUGAUAUUGUAACUAUAGUAAUACUGAAAUGUAACAGAAUGCACUAAAUUAAUGUAGUCUUUUAGGUCUUGUAUCUUUGGUCAAUUUACCAUGAAAGAAGCAAUAUUUACUUACUUAUUUAAGAAUGAUAUACGUUUGAAUGUUUGAGUCAACUUUACUUAUAUAUAGUUAUUUUUACCAUCUUAAUUAAAUAUGUACUAUCUGUACAAAGUGGAAUGCAUUGCAUUGAUGCAGAUAAUAAAUUUGGGACAUUCAAUAAAGGCUUUAAAUUUCUAUCAUUCUUGGAUUAUAUAAUUACUAGACAGAGGAACAUUCCUUCUGGUAGCUUACCAGUAUUUAUGCUGUAGGAAUUUAUUUGUAUUUUGUUUUUAAUGUUGAAUAUUUUAUGACUUUGGUUUUAUUGCGGCUAUGAACUUUACAAAAGUGUACAGAGAGUUAUUUGAUGUCAUGACUUAAAAAAAAAAUAAUUCCAUUAGAUUUGUUUCAUUUGUUCACUGGAAAAUGUUUAUUGUGUAUAAAAAUGAAUUUUUUAGCCCCCCCCCCCUCCCAAACAUAGAAAAAGAAGAAACCCUAGUCAUUAAAUAUAAUCCUACAAACAUUUAAAAUAUAAUCAUUGUUUUGAAUGAUCUUAUAAAAUUUUUUUCUUGAUAUUUUUUGCUGUUUUCCUUUAUGUUUUAAAUUUUUUGUGUGUGUUUAUUUCUUUUGUUUUCUUUUGUCUAUCUUGCACAUAGAAUUUGUUUGAUCUUUAUUUAUUUCAAAGUGUAUGUACUUAAUUUGUGUAUUUUAAAUCUAAAAAAUGUUUUUCUAUCUUGAAAAAAAAAUCUGGCAUACUUUCUAGUUUUUUUUUAAAAAUUGUAAUACUUGUUGAAUGACAGAUUGGGAAAACUUUUGACAACUUCAAAUGUCAGUGAGUGCCGUUUUUUUAAUUCAGUGAUUCCUGUUUUUCAAUUCAGUAAUGCCAGUGGUUGCUGUUUUUAAUUCAGUGAUUCCCACCUAGCUGAAUUGCUUAACAUUACAUUUGAUGAAAGAACAAAGGUGGUUGCUGAUUGUAAUUGCCAUAGGUUCAUUCAUGUCAUUUAAUAAGUCUACCUAGCUCAGUUGAUUACAUCACAUCUAACACUUUCUGUGGCCCUUUCAUAGAACCUUUCCUUUAUAAUCUUACAUAUUGUAUUAAGUAAUUCAGCCCUCUUGGGUCUUUUCAAACAUGGUAGUCUUUAAUAUCUGUAUAUGCUGGAUGUUUUUAUGCCCACUUGAACAAUCUUCAUUCAUUUGUAUCUAAUGUAUGUGUGUUUGUAUCUAAUGUAUGUGCGUUUGUAUCUAAUGUAUGUGCGUCUUCAUAUAUAACAUAAUGCACAUAGAUUGUUUGUGAUUACUAUGUUGAAUAGUCAUUUCCAGCAAUGUAGACUUAUGUCAUAGGUCAUCUGCAUCUGGGUUGCCAUAUUGAACAAUUGUCCUCCAGUCAGACAGGGUUACAUUUCUUUUGUAUUCUUCAUCACAUAUUUCAUCUGUAUCAGUCUUCACUUUUUGUUAUGAUCUCAAUUAGACAAGCGGAAAAUAUAAUUAUAGCCUAAUUUUGUAUUUUUUUUUACUUGUCAUUUUUCAAAUAUUGUAAUAAUUUUAAUGGAUCUAAAUGGUUUGACCUCCAUAUCAUUGUCUCCCCUGUUUGCUUUUCACAUCUUUGCCUUUAAACUCUUCAAAAUCAUCAACACAAUGAUUCAUUUCUUUUGAUUGGAGAUUUUUUUCACGCUCAUCCUAUGUACAGCCAUUAAAAAAGAAAUAUUUGGAUUAAAAUUGUCCUUUAAAAUUAUUUUUUAAAUUUUGUUUUGCUAAGGUUUUUGCAAGAUGUUGGCUUUUAGUGGUGACUAUGAGAAAAGGGAAGAUCUAGCACAUUUAGUUACUAACAUUCUAAUUAUUUGGUUUUGUUUUUUAUUUUUAUAAAAGGGGGAUAAGCUCUUCGAACAUAACAUUUGUCAGGGCUCAAAGUUCCUAGCACAUAUUUAUCUUGUUCACUUGCUCAUUAUUUUAAGCACCACUGAUCACUACUUUCCCAUGAUUAGAAGCAAUGGUGGCGUUUGUUUACAUACUGGGUUAGGGAUAGGAGCCUCGAACACAAUUUGACAGUGACAUUUCUCUGAGUUCUAAACUCUUCAAUGUUUUAAUAUUUUGUACUAUCUACUUUAAUUUUUUCUAUUUUUAUGUGGACAUUUAAAGUUUGUGCCCCCCCCUCCUUUUCCAAUUUUGUUUUUUAAACCUGGCUUUAAAAUCUCUGUUAUUAUUAGCUUGGCUGAAAGUAAAUGUCCAGGGUAAAAUAAUAGUUCUGAUCAGAGGUGGACUGGCUAUAUGGGCAUUUGGGCAAAUGCCCGGUGGGCCAGUACCCUAAUGGGCCGGUAGGGCAUGGAUCCCACUAUGACACAUUAAAUUGUUAAAGGUUUUAUAAUGUUCUCUUAUAAACGUGACCAUUUUGAGCGUUGUGUUUUAAAAAAUCUUUUACAAACUCUGCAGUGUAAGACUAAUUUAAUCUAACACAUUUUCCGAACUAAUGUAAUAGCCUAUACCCAUUGACGAUGGCUGAGUGGAAAAGCUUGGCUUAUGAACAGAGGAGUCACUGGUUAAAAUCCUGGUGAAGACUGAUAUCUUUUAUUCCGGGAUCCACCCAGCUCAAAUGGGAACCUGACAUUAGUUAGGGGAAAAGUGAAGGUGGUUGGUCGUUGUGCUGGCCACAGAAACAUAGGACCUUUACAUCAUCUGCCCCAUAGAUUGCGGGAUCUUAAAGGGGUUCUUUAUCAAACUUUAACAUACCAGUAAUGACUUUGAGGACAGGUUGAAUUGGAUGCCCUUCAUAUGAUAUACAAAUUAUGGGCCAGAAUGUAUAGAAAUGCCUGCCUGAUUUAGACACACAGUCCGCCACUGGCUCUGAUCAAUUAAAAAGUACCUUAGCACUGUUAAUAUCUAGUGAUGACAUUCAAUUUUCAUUUAUAAGCGACCCAACCUUGUAAAAUAUACACCCAGCUAAAGUCUCACUGAUCUAUCUUUGCUUGAUUCUAGCUCUCUGACCCCAAGUCUUCAGAGAGUAUGGAUAUACUUCCAUUUUCUGCUUCAUUUUUGGUGUUCUGUGUCAUGACUUGGUAAAUAACGUGAACUUUCCUGUUUCAUUUAGAACAUUCAUAGAGCAUCUCCUUCAAUACACUUGGCGCCUGUCCACAACAGAUUUCACAUUCAACUUUUUGUUGUACCUCUACAAUAACUGUUUAUCUGAACACAGAUUUUUUUGCAUUAUUUUAAUUUCUAUCUGAACUUGUAAGUUUCUUGUGUAAGUCUAUCCCUAAGAUUAUCUCUAAAUGUCUUUGUUUUCAAGCCUCUUAUAAACAAGAGGAAAAUACGAGGAAAUAUGGAGAGCCUUAUUUUCAUGACAUUCAUGACAUUGCUAUCACCCAAAUUAUCAUUUUUUUUUACCUCUUGUCUGAGUUCAUUGUCCAGUAAACUACCGAGACAAUUAAGAAUAAAGCAAAGAAAUAAGGUUUCUGAAAAAUUAAUUGUAUAAUUUGUUCUGGCCAUUACUACUAUUAUUGCCUUCAAAGCUUUUAGUGUAUAGACAUAGAUAAAUAUAGACUGGAAAAAGGAAAUAACUUCAUGUAACUUGAAAACAUGUACAUCUAUUGUCGGAUUUCCGAAUUCUGAAAAGUUGCAUGAUCUUCAAUCUUAGAGAUUAAACAAAACUACUCUGCUGUAUAAUAAAGUACACAAAAUUGCUAGUCACAAAUUUUCGUUUCAUAAAACUCUUUUAUCGGCCAGUCUAUAUUUAUUUAUGCCUAUGUGUAUAGCAUGUUGUUUGUUUUUUAAAGGUAAGUUUAAAAAGUUGAUUUCUUACCAGUCUCUAGUUUCCAUUGAGUUGAAUCAUGAUCUGAUUCCUUUCACACCUCAAAACCUGUUUCAUCUUUGUUUAGCAUUACUGAAUUGUUUUCUGGUUGUUGGUACUCCAUAUUCAUAUAAUUGUGUUACUUGAUAUGCUUUGUGUUUGUCUCUUGCUGUCUCUGCACCUCUGACUCGGAUGUAUGUCUGUGAUGCUUGGAUAGGACUCCACUAUCAAUAAAAUAUGCUAGCUUAUAUAUCAUUGGAAAUCCGUUGCUUUUUGAGAUUUGGUGAAUCUUGUGACUGGCCUUGUCUUUUGGUGAACUCUGUGCUAAGUAUGUUACGUUAUGUAUUUGUAUCAUGUAUUUGUAUUAUGUGUUAUGUAUUUGUACUAUGCUCUAUUGGCGCGAAUGUUUACAAAUACAAACAAGCUGUCACCAUGGCUGUUAUGGUCUAGGGAGUUAAUCUAAGAAAAAGAAAGAUAUGAUUGUGUCAUGUUCUAUUUUGGGGUACAUUGGCUACAUAAGCUCCAUUGUUUCGUUCAUCUCAAAUCACUUUUUCUUUUACCCAUGCAUUGUGUCCCUUUACCCUCAUCCCCAGACUUUCUCCCUCCCUUUAGACAUUGGUCUCGUUUUCAUCUUUGUCCCAAUAUCUUUCCACAUGUACACUCUCUUCCACCCCUCACACCCCUUUUUUUCAUAUAGCAAUUGCAUGACUUUGAUGAAAUGUGUAUUUGAAUAAAUGAGUGGAUGAAACAAUGAACACUCCCUGCACUAUCCCCCCUCCCCACUAUUCAGUAUUGACACUGUGUCUGGAUUGUUUGAUGUUUAUCUGUAACUAUGGUAACCAAUACAUUUUUAAAAAAUAAAAAUGACCCCAUUUGAGGUCUACAUUUUAACUA